GAGAAAUGGGCUCCUGUCAAUAGUUACUUAUCAUGUAUUGUAGACAAAUAAAGCAGAUUGAAGGGAUUCGAGGUUAUUUUAAAGGUCUUGGACCUAACUUGGUCGGUGUUAUUCCAGCAAGAGCCAUCAAUUUUUAUACAUAUGGAAACGGUAAAAAAAUAUUUACUGAGUUAAACCAUGGAAAGGAAACAGCAGUAGUUCAUUUAGCUUCUGCUGCUACGGCAGGCAUUGUCACUUCAACUGUAACCAACCCCAUUUGGGUGAUCAAAACCCGAUUGCAGCUACAAGGAAAGCAAAGACUUUACUCGAGUAGUUUUGAUUGUGGUAUUCAGAUAUUAAAACAUGAAGGUAUUAAAGGGUUAUAUAAAGGUAUGAGUGCUUCAUACCUUGGUGUCGCUGAAGGUACUAUUCAGUGGGUUAUGUACGAAAAUCUCAAGAAGAGAUGGGCCCAAUCUUCUGAUCAACUGGAAAAUAAGAGGACGAUCGGCGGUAAAAGUGCACAGGCAUGGAUUGGUAAUUUAGGUGCUGCUGCAGUAGCAAAGUUAGUAGCCGCUUGUAUUGCAUAUCCGCAUGAAGUCAUAAGAACAAGAUUGAGAGAACCAGUUUCAAAGACCGGAACUGUCAAAUAUACUGGACUUUUGCAAUGCUUAAAGUUGAUCGUCAAAGAGGAAGGUGUAGUUGCAUUAUACGGCGGCAUGUCUGCUCAUCUCAUGCGUGUCGUACCAAACGCUGCGAUUAUGUUCUUUUGCUAUGAAGCUAUUUUGCAUAAUUUCGGCGAAGAAAAAAAGCGCUGAUAUUAGAAUCAUCUGCUUUCUUUUAUGUAAAUACUAUAUUCAUACACAUUAUCAAAAAUAAUUAAACACAAUAUGCUAAAGUCUCUCUUUUUGUUGUUAAUGCAUUGCCUAUCAAAGGACAAUGAAUCAAGCAUUUUUGUUUAAUAAAUAAACGACCCUCUUAUGAAACUUUGCCAAGUUUUAUCUGCCGGGUAAAUUGAAGGAUGCAUGCGAAGGUUCCCCUUGACUCCUGUAUUACAAGAUUAAAAGAAGUUUUGGGAGUACAAGUCG